CAACGCUAUGUUUUGGUUGCUAUGUCAACGAACUAAAAAAUAAACUAAUUUUUAAACCAAUUUUUGUUUUUCUAGGGUUUUUUAUGCCAAAAUUAUCUCUAUUUGAAAAUGUUUACCAGUAGUGCAAGUCAUAAACAGCCUCAUAACAGUAGUGAGAUUUAUAAUUUACGUCCAUUGCCAAUGAAAGGAACCCAUCGACGAAAUCCAGACGAGGAUUUUGUACUGAAUGGUUUUGGAAGUGAUAUAAAGUAAGUUUUCAUUGUUGUAUUGAUGGGUUUCAGUGUUAAAGAACAGCAGAUCGUGUUCAACUUCACAACUGUAGGAACACGAAAAUCGAACUACAUCUCACUCUGUUUAUUAACUAAUUUUAAUAUUAUUAACUAAUUUUAAUAUUAUUAACUAAUUUAUCUCCAAAUACUGAAAUUCAAAUCUGCUACAUAUAAUGAGAAGAAUUAACUAAUUUGUCUCCAAAUACUGAAAUACAAGUCCCCUACAUAUAAUGAAAUUAACAUUAUUUUCUCACUCUGAUAACAGCAGGGCAGGUUGACCACCAUUGCUGCAUGAUAUAGUGCUUGUAAACACAUAAUUGUUAAAACCCCUGAUACCCUAUUAAUACGCUAAUCUUACUCUGCUACUAGAACCAAACCAAGUACAUAUCGAACAAACAGUCAAAUGACUCUAAGCCGAUCAGGUUCCUUUGGUUAUUUGGAUGGCUCAGUUGGCAAGGUGGAGCUAACUCAAGGCAAUUGUAACAAUUUAAGUAGUGACACUGCAAGUGAUGAUUCUGAUGAUGUAAGCAUUCACAGUGAGUUUGAAGAUGGCCCUGAAGCUGAAUUGAGCAGAUUUAAAGAUGAUAUUAUUCAUGUAGACAACCCACUUGAAACAUCUUGGUACUUGAAUCCAGUCCAUCGAACCCAAAGUACCGACAUCGACUUGAGCCAUCUUGAAAGAACAAGUCCGCUUCAAGCGUCUGUGAUUAAAUUGAACAUGAACGGAUCUUUAUUUCCUACUCCACAAGAGAUCAUUGAUAAAACACCUAUUGAAUCCUUUGAUUUGUCGCUGUUUAGAAAUGCAGAGGAUGAGAUGCUAUCUUGUCGAACGCUAACUGCCUUGGCAAGCCCAUAUCAGUACAAAUUAGCUAAACUAAAAAUGGAAAGGUUAAAGAUUGAAGAAGACAGGUUACUACACAAGAAAUCUCUUUCAGAAUUGGAACGUAUUCGUGGACCUUCCCCUCGAUGGUACGAGUUAAAAACUUCAGGUUUUCAUGUAGAAGCUAAGAAAAAUAAUCAGCUUCUUUCUUCUAAGGGUCACUACAAAGAAAUCAUGGAUUAUAGACAUCAGUUACUACAAACAUUAGGAAGUUCAAAGAAACUUGGAAAUACCACUAUUUAGUUUUGAAUAUAGAUUUCAAAACCUGUCAAAAUUUUGAAAAAAAUAUU